GCAGACAGCUGAUCGUCGUUGAGUCAACUUUUACGUCUCACAUAUUCAUCUCCAGUUAAGACUUCAAGGUGCUACACAGAGACAGAGGGACUUGAAAUUCAUUAUGAGGUUGGUUAUAUUAGACAAUUAUGACAAAGUCAGUGAGUGGGCUGCUAGAUAUAUAAAAAGGAGGAUACUGGACUUUGAGCCAGGUCCAGAUAACUAUUUUACACUUGGACUUCCAACAGGCAGCACUCCUCUGGGAACAUAUAAAAAGCUAAUAGAAUUUUACAAGAAAGGAGAACUUUCUUUCAAAUAUGUCAAAACUUUUAACAUGGAUGAGUAUGUAGCUCUGCCCAGAAAUCAUCCAGAAAGCUACCAUUCCUUUAUGUGGCACAAUUUCUUCAAGCACAUUGACAUACUUCCUGAGAACGCCCACCUUCUAGAUGGGAACGCAGAGGAUAAGGUGGCGGAAUGUGAGCAUUUUGAGGAGGAGAUUAAAAAGGCAGGGGGAAUCGAGUUAUUCAUGGGAGGUAUUGGACCAGACGGCCACAUAGCCUUCAAUGAACCAGGCUCCAGUCUGGUCUCACGCACACGUGUGAAAACUCUGAACCAGGACACGGUGGAGGCCAACGCCCGUUUCUUUGGCGGAGACAUCAGCCAGGUCCCCACUGAGGCUCUCACGGUGGGAGUGGGCACCGUAAUGGAUGCUAGGGAGGUGAUGAUCCUGAUCACAGGUGCUCACAAGUCCUAUGCUUUAUACAAAGCAAUUGAGGAGGGAGUCAGUCACAUGUGGACAGUGUCAGCUUUCCAGAUGCACCCCAAAACAAUCUUUGUCUGCGAUGAAGAUGCCACGCUGGAGUUGAAGGUGAAAACGGUCAAAUACUUCAAAGGCCUUAUGACCCUACAUAACAAGUUGCUGGAGGAGAAAUCUGUUGAACCCUCAUCCAAAAAAACAGAAGAGUAAUUAGAGCAAUGUCAGCUGAUUAAGCUGGGAUAUAUCCUAGCAUUUUUUGCUAAUUAACAAACUUUUAUAGCCAAAAUCAAUAACUAAUUGAGGGGAGCAAUUUUAUUAUUAUAAUUGGUUUUCAUUUUUAAUUUUCAGCUAAAUUUAUAUAUUUGCCAUUUACUAUAUAUAUAUAAGUAUGCUAGUCUUAGGUCCUGAAAGAAUAUCUAUUGGAAUGACUGAGAGCACAGCAUGUUACUAGUACAUAUAUUUGGAAAAAUUGUUCACUGCUGGUAAAGCCAAGUCAGUUUAACCAGGUUCACACAUGAAAAAGCAUGGCCAGUGUAAACUGUCUUUAGGAGAGCAUUUAUAUUUUUAGAGUGUGAAUAAUUAAUUACAUGAUUGUUUGUUGUCAAUUCUCAUUUAUUUUAAACUCAUUGUUCUUAGUCUGUGUUACAAUAUUACAUGAUGUUUGAAAAUGGGACAUUACUAUGUGAUGGUAUUCUGAACAUUUGAAUCAUUGCUCCAAAUAAGUGGUUCUCUUUUCAGAUAUUCCACAACUGCAAGAGAGCCAUUGCUUGCUAAUUUUCCAUGUUGUUUUUCUAAUCCAAAUCUAAUUGUUAAUGUUGUAGUUGUUCAGGUUUCUGCAGGUAGGAAUUGUGUCACGAUGUACUAGGACAAUCUCAUAGUGAGUGUGCCAUUUUAUAUCCUUAUAUUUAUGUAUAACCUUUUUUCUGUCGUCAGUGUGCCAUUUUUAUUUCAUUUAUGUAGAGAUACCAGUAAGAUUUCUUAAUAAGUAGUAAAUACUGGAUUAAUUUACAGUCAUAUAUACCUCAAAUUAUCCUAGCAAUACAUUAUUUAAGCCAACAAAUAUAUAUCAUUUCCUUUCAUGUUAUGGGAAGCAGGUAUUUCAUUAUUGUUCUUAUUAGCGUCCUUGUCAGCGCUGACUUUUGUGAUGAUGUUUCACAUAAUUAAGGACAUUUUCAGUCCAGGAAAUGGUUUAAAAAAAAAAAGGAAUCCUGUAACAUGUACCGGUAGAUAAAGAAAUGGCUUCUAUUUUAAAUCAAUUAGAUGGCCUUUUUAAAGGACUAAGAAAAAUUCGACCUAAAAUUAAAGACCUUUUGUGAAACUGGUCUUCCUGGUCUAUCUCUUUUUAUUCACAUAAUUUUGAAGUUCAUUAGCUGUGUUGGUCAAAUCUUGUAUACAAGUGGGUACAUCUUUUCAUGCAGGCUCAAAACAGAAUUCAAGUGAUGCAUCAAAAGAAACACUGUAAACAAUGCUCUUCAAGGAAGAUUUUGCGUCUGACAAUCUCGUUUCGAUUUCUUGAAAUGGUCAAAAUAUACUAAUUUAGGUAGAUUUAAUGAUCAAAACAGAUUGAAAAGUGUAAACACUUUAUUUUCAGCAUUGGUUACACUGCUUGGAGAAAUUAGAAAAGCAAAGAACAAAUAAUGAAAAAAUUAUUAUACUUUCUUUCAUGAUAUUGAGAUUUAAGGGAGCCAAACAGGUUUAUCAGUUGCACAACUAGCCAUCUUCAGAGAUUUUUUAAAGUCUUCUACUGAAAAAUUAUUUAAAAUCCAUGCAUUAAGUGAUAUUAUGUAAAAAAUAUUCAGGAUGAAGAAUAAAUUGGUUUUCACAUCCAGUAGUAUGUGUUACUGUUGAAAGCGCGGCUACUAAUUAUGUAGUGUGACUUGUUAUGAUCUAAACAUCAACUAUAAUUAUGUGCAAGUAUUAAUUUGAAAAU